GACUAUUUUUAGUUAGAGUGGCUACCUGAAAACAAGUCGGCUUACACUCUGAAGUUAUGGAAGAAAUUGGAUUAUCCCCACCUCCCCCUGAUAAAGCUAUCUCAACUGACUUGUCAAACGUCUCAUCUGUGGAUAUUAAACCAAAUUUCACUCAUGUUGAUCCAUUAGCUUUGGAUCCAGAGGAAUUGUAUGUUAAAUACAAGAAAUUGCAAGCUCAAAUCGAGUUCCUAAAAGUUCAGGAAGGCUACAUUAAGGAUGAACAAAAAAAUCUUAAAAAAGAAUACCUUCACGCACAAGAGGAAGUUAAGCGAAUACAGUCUGUUCCUUUAGUUAUAGGCCAAUUUUUAGAAGCUGUUGAUCAGAACACAGGAAUAGUUGGUUCCACGACUGGAUCAAAUUAUUAUGUGAGAAUUUUAUCAACAAUUGACAGAGAGUUAUUGAAGCCAAGCUCGAGUGUGGCUUUACAUAAGCAUAGUAAUGCCUUAGUUGAUGUCCUUCCCCCAGAAGCAGACAGUUCCAUAAGUAUGCUUCAGGCUGAUGAAAAACCAGAUGUAACGUAUUCUGACAUUGGUGGUAUGGAUAUUCAAAAGCAGGAAGUUCGGGAAGCUGUUGAACUCCCUCUUACCCAUUUUGAUUUGUACAAACAAAUUGGCAUCGAUCCACCAAGAGGAGUUUUAAUGUUUGGUCCACCAGGCUGUGGCAAAACUAUGUUAGCCAAAGCUGUAGCUCAUCACACAACAGCAGCUUUCAUUAGAGUGGUAGGGUCAGAGUUUGUUCAAAAAUAUUUAGGGGAAGGUCCAAGAAUGGUCAGAGACGUUUUUCGCUUAGCAAAGGAAAACGCUCCAGCUAUUAUAUUCAUAGAUGAAAUUGAUGCUAUAGCUACUAAACGUUUUGACGCUCAAACUGGAGCAGACAGAGAAGUUCAGCGUAUUUUAUUGGAACUUUUGAAUCAAAUGGAUGGAUUUGAUCAGACCGUAAAUGUUAAAGUCAUCAUGGCAACAAAUAGAGCUGAUACUCUUGACCCUGCCCUUCUCAGACCAGGAAGGCUGGAUCGAAAAAUAGAAUUUCCAAUGCCCGAUAGAAGACAAAAAAGAUUAAUCUUCUCUACAAUUACUACAAAAAUGAAUUUAUCAGACGAAGUCGAUUUAGAAGACUAUGUUGCCAGACCAGAUAAGAUCUCUGGUGCAGAUAUCAACGCCAUUUGCCAGGAAGCUGGAAUGCAGGCCGUAAGAGAAAAUCGCUAUGUUGUUUUGGCAAAAGAUUUUGAAAAGGGAUAUAAGAAUAACAUCAAGAAAGAUGAAACUGAACAUGAAUUUUAUAAGUAA